AUGGAAUCGGCCACCGCAUUCUCGCCAUCCAAGUACUUCCCCCCGCGCCGGCGCGUCCAGCAGGCCUGUCUGUCGUGCUCGGCGCGCAAGUCGCGCUGCGACGGGGCGCGGCCCGAGUGCGGCACGUGUGCAAGGUUGAACAAAGCUGCUGAUGCUGCAAGUGCUUCUGGGGCCACCGGCAGAGCAGGAGGAGCAGCAGGAGGAGGAGCAGGGGCGAGGGUCCAGUGCGUGUACCGCGAGUCGCAGACGCCGCGGAUCGAGUACAACACUCAGGUCCUACUGGAGCGGAUCCAGUUGCUGGAGGAUCGGAUUCUGGGGAGUGGCAGUGCUGUUGUCGGCAAUGGUGGAAGCUCCGGUGCCGUGGAUAGGCAGCAUGGGACUGACCAGCUUCCGCGGCGAGAUUUUGAGGUGAGGACAAGUCCAUCACUUGAAGGAAGAGCAGACGGGUCGCAGGAGCAGCAGCCGCCGCCACAGUAUGACGACAUCCAAGUCUCGCUCUCGCAUACAGCCAACUCGAAUCACGUCUACGAGUGGCCUGUUGUCAAACAGUUGCUUGGCACCGUGGCUGAUCGUGCAGAUGCGACCGACGUCUUCUUCACGCAGCCAGGGCUUACUCAUUCUACCAACUACGAAACUCCGCCCAUGUCCUGGCGCCUGUUCUCACCAGAGCUGGCACCACAUCAUGCAGCGCAGAUCAAUGAAUACAGAGAGCUCGUCCGGACGUACUUCUCCGAGGUCAACUUGUUCUUCCCAGUCUUGUCGCCUGAGGAGGUGCUCAACAGCCUAGACCAAGUUGCAAUGGAAGAGACAGGCGGCGGCGGUCAGCUCAGGACCCAUGUGGGAGCUGUGCCAGGCGACGUGUAUGCCCGCCUGCUCCUUGUGCUCUGUUUUGCGGCGUUUGUCACGACUAGCAAGCAUUUGGUCACCCUACGCGACACAGUGGUGGGUGACGGCCACAAGUCGGGAUUCGAGGAUCUUGCUGGUGAGCUCUGGAACAAGGCCAGGCUCCUGCUGGGGUGGAUCUCGCCGCGUUUGACGCUCGAGGCUGCCCAGUGUAGCAUGAUUGCAAGCCUCUACUGCGGCGCCAGGGGCGACAUUGCGGAAUCAUAUCAUUAUUCUCAGGCCACGGCUGUCAAGUGCGAAGCCCUUGCAAAGAGGUACCUGCUAGACAACAAGUCAAAUGACCAUUUCUGCGACGCAUUUCGCAGGCUGUACUGGGUAGCCUUCAUUUACGAGGGCGACUUCAGCUCCGAGAUCUCCAUCACGCUGCCUUCAGGCAUCGCCAAGUUCGAAGACAAUGUGCCGUAUCCCAUCUUCAGCACGCCAGACGCCGAUGCCUCUGCCGGCCUGAGCCCUCGUCAAGCAGUCCUCCACGACGGUUACAGCCAUGAGCCGUCCAUCAUUGCAUUUCAGAUCAGUACCAACGCAAGCAUUCGGCGCUUCCUCAACCGCGUCAACAGUGUCGUCUACGACAGCAAAGAGCAGUAUCGUAUGGCCCGACCUGACUACGCGGAUUGGCUGCUGCGCGUCACCAAUGACCUGUGGUCGCACCAUUCAGCUGUGUACCGCAACCUUCCUGCCUUCCUGCUAACCAGUUCCGACACUGUGAACAAGCUGCCCCUGGGGGUUUCCCCCGCGAACGGCGCAUCCCCGUCCACGCCGGGCUUUAUACGAUCGACAGAGAUGGGCAACAAUCCCUGGAAUGUCAUCCGCCUCAAAGGCCGGUACUAUGCCGGGCAGUACAUCAUUCAUCGCCCUUUCAUGGAGUUUGUGCUGCGCAAUCUGGAAACAGUAAAUUCCCAUCCAUCACGCGAGGCCAUGCUUGAGAAGUGCCGGCUCUGCUUUGAUGGCUGUGCGGGGUUCAUUUGGGUGUUUGACGUGGACCCGGCAAACAGCGUCACAUGUUUGUUCGCCUCGGGAAUGGUUCACUUCACCAUGGUCAUCAUCCUCAGGGUAGCGGCCAUCAUUCCAGCAUUUCGACGGCAUCUUCCAGCUGACGUUGAGGAGGCGAUAUUCCUCGGCCGCCAGAACCUGCGGCGUUUUGCUACGAGUGUCAAACACUUCGAGUGGCACCUGAGCGUGCUAGAGCGGCUAGAACAGAACAAAUCGGCAUACAGCAAUGGAGGCUGA